CAAAUGGAUUGGCCAGUGUAGAGGACAGAAUAUUCCAAUUGGUGGUUUCAUGCUGAAGGAAAAAGCAAAGUCUUUCGCAGAGUCUCUUGGUAUUAAAGGAUUUGGAGCUAGUGAGGGUUGGCUAUCAAACUUCAAAAAUCGACACAGCAUCACAUUCAAGAAGAUUUGUGGAGAGAGCGCCAGUGUGGAUAGCACGGUUUGUAAUGAAUGGACUGAUAAAUUGAAAGAGCUUCUAAACGGCUAUGAGCCUAAAGACAUAUUCAACACAGAUGAAACUGGACUUUCCUAUAAGUGUCUUCCAGACCGCACCCUAACAUUCAGGAAUGAAAAAUGGCACGGUGGGAAACAUAGCAAGGAACGAAUUACUGUUCUCUUAGCAUGCAAUAUGGAUGGAUCUCAAAAGUUGAAUCCACUUGUGAUUGGAAAAUCUGCAAAACCACGGUGUUUCAAGGGGAUAAAAUCGCUGCCCACAAUUUACCGUUCAAACAAGAAAUCAUGGAUUACAACAGAGUUAUUUAAUGAAUGGCUGAUUUCUGUUGACAGUGAUAUGAAAAAAGAAAAUCGCAAAAUUCUACUGUUUUUGGAUAACUGCAGUGUGCAUAAUAACCCACCACAAUUGGACAAUGUAAAAUUGAUUUUUUUCCCACCAAGUACGACAUCAGGACUACAACCACUGGACCAAGGAAUAAUACACAAUUUUAAAACUAUAUAUCGUAGGGAGAUCGUAUCAAUUGUGCUGGAUAGCAUUGAAAAUGGAGAGACAGCGAACCUAACAGUUUUAACUGCCAUACUUACGAUUCAUAAGAUUUGGAAAAAUGUGAGCCCACUAUUCACAACUGCUUCAGAAAGUGUGGAUUCAAGCUGACUGAAAAUGAUGCACCAAUAGCACAGCCACCAAACGUGACAAAUUCUGACUCCAGGUGGGAACUUCUACCUGACCGUGGACAGUUAACGUUUCAGGAUUACGUCCAAGUAGAUGAUUACAUAGAUGUUUAUGGUGCGCUAACCGAUGUCGAAAUUAUGGAUUUGCCAUCACAAGAUGACAAUUGUGAAGAAGAAGAUGAAGAAGAAGAAGAAGAA